AGCGGCCGCGGAGGAGGCGGCGGCAGGCGGGAGCGGCGGCGGCGGCGGCACAGGCUCCGGGCCAAGCCAGCGUGCAUCGUCGGCGCCCUGUGCUGCGGAGAGCUCGGAGGAGCGCGGGAGGCGCGAGCCGCGAGUGGACAAAGCAAGAUGGCAGGGAUCUUAGCCUGGUUCUGGAACGAGCGGUUUUGGCUUCCGCACAAUGUCACCUGGGCAGACCUGAAGAACACGGAGGAAGCCACCUUCCCGCAGGCGGAGGACCUCUACCUCGCCUUCCCCUUGGCCUUCUGCAUCUUCAUGGUGCGGCUCAUCUUCGAGAGAUUCAUAGCCAAACCAUGUGCCAUAGCCCUCAACAUCCAGGCCAAUGGACCACAAAUUGCCCAGCCAAAUGCCAUUUUGGAAAAGGUCUUCACUGCCAUAACAAAGCAUCCUGAUGAGAAGAGAUUAGAAGGGCUCUCCAAGCAGCUGGACUGGGAUGUUCGGAGCAUUCAACGCUGGUUUCGACAAAGACGCAACCAGGAGAAACCCAGCACCCUGACCAGGUUCUGUGAGAGCAUGUGGAGAUUCUCCUAUUACCUCUAUGUAUUUAGCUACGGAGUCCGGUUCUUGAAAAAGACCCCUUGGUUGUGGAAUACAAGACACUGCUGGUAUAACUACCCUUACCAGCCACUUACCGCUGAUCUUCACUAUUAUUACAUCCUGGAGCUAUCGUUUUACUGGUCUUUAAUGGUUUCCCAGUUCACAGAUAUCAAGAGGAAGGACUUCGGCAUCAUGUUCCUGCACCACCUCAUAACAGUCUCCUUAAUUACCUUUUCCUAUGUCAACAACAUGGCGCGAGUAGGAACCCUGGUCCUCUGUCUCCACGACUCAGCCGAUAUUCUGCUCGAGGCUGCCAAAAUGGCAAACUAUGCCAAAUUUCAGAGAAUGUGUGACCUCCUGUUUGUCAUGUUUGCCAUGGUUUUUAUCAUCACACGGAUGGGCCUGUUUCCUCUCUGGAUAUUAAAUACCACGUUGUUUGAGAGCUGGGAGAUCGUCGGCCCGUACCCUUCCUGGUGGGUUUUUAACCUGCUGCUGUUGCUACUAGAAGGCUUGAACUGCUUCUGGUCCUACUUGAUUGUAAAAAUAGCUUGCAAAACCGUUUCAAAAGGCAAGGCUGGGAAAUGGGACCCUUUACAUGUGUCCAAGGAUGACCGGAGCGACAUUGAAUCUAGCUCAGAUGAUGAAGACCUGGAGCCUCCAGGGAAGAAACCGCACACUUCGACAGCGAGCAAUGGAACCAGCGGUACCAACGGGUACCUCCUAACUGGCCCCUGUUCCAUGGAUGAUUAAUCACCCAGAACUCUAAGUCCUGAACAAAGUGAACUGUUUGUUCCUGGAAGUAUUUAAUAAGUUGCAAAUGCAGUUCGUCUCAUGAUAUCUCAUCACCAGAGACAAAAAAUUAGGAUUCUCAAAGCAUUUUGAAUAGUGUACUGCCAUGUGUCCCGUCUGUGAAUGAAGAAGAAAUCCCAUCCUCUCUGUGUAGGCUGUAUGUAACUGACAUAAGGGAACGGUAUUUGCAUUUGUCUUAGGAUAUUAUUUAUUAUUUUUUAUUUGUUUGUAAGUCUGUGGACAAAUGAGGAUCCUUCACUCCUUUUACUCUCUGGGCUCAUGCCUGACAGUGAUGAAGAUGGCCCCAUCUGUGUCUACCAUUUCUCGUGCUGUUGUCCAGUAUGCUGUGAGCAUCAACUUAGCUCAUCACUCAGAGCAAGUAGAAACCCAUGCAAGACCUUUGCACAGCACCCAGUAGGUUGGCUCCCUUUCUGUUCUGUUGGCGCCCAUUUUAUAAGGAAUUAAGUUUGUCUCUUAUGCACAAAUGUGGGAUUUCUUUGCUGUUGUAGAUGGUUGGGAGUUGACCUUGUUGAUAACUAAGUUACUUGCCCUCUGGUGAGGCCAGCGUUCUGAUUCUGAAACAGUGUCACUUGCUUAAGCUCACAGAGAUGAAAGGGCCCACCUCCUGGGGACUUGCUUUGUGUUCUGGGACUCGCAUAAGGACAGCCACUUUACUUCAACCAGAUCUUGCCAUGGCUCCUGCUGUACUAGCCAACUCUUCUGUCCUGUCGUGUAAAAAAGAGGGAGCCAAGAAUGUCCUGGGUUGGGGGGGGGGAAGUUCUGUAGGAAGUAGCAAAGAUUCCCUUCCAUGAAAAGCACUUUAUUGCAACCAGCUUUCAAGAGAAAGCCCUACGUAGUAUUAGACUUGUUUUUAUUUUGCUGAGCAAAAUAAAUCUAGUGGGAGAAAGACUGUUUACCCUUUGCCUUUCUCCUUCAAAACAUCCCACAGUGGCUGUCCUGUUGCUAGAAGCAUCAGCCCCACGCUAUGAGUCCAUUUUAUUUACUGCUCUGAAGGUUCGUGUGGGCUCCUGAAAAUUUUUAUUUAAGCUAUUCCCAGAAAAGCAGCAAAAAAAAUCUACCGGGACAAUGGCAGUGACAACCAUGAGAAAAAUUACCAAAGAGAAGUGUGUGAGCCCUCGUCCCCCGGGGCAUCGUCCCUGGUGUGUGGCUAUGGAAACCACACAGCUGAGCCAAGGAUUUUUAUCUCAUCUCUUCUCUAGUAAAAAGGGAAUAAAAUGGGAUUGCAGACACUCAUAAGCCAAACAUCACCUACAACAAGAAUGCAAAACAAUCAGGGCACAGAGUACCCAACAGCAAAAUGCUACCAUGCACGACUGUCCUGCUCAGAAUCAUCCACACUCCAUUUGAUUUUUUUUUUAAUUAAAUCUUCAAGCCCAUACUUGGAAGCCUGUAAAUGAAUAGUUAAGAGAAGACUCUCAAAGAAACAACCCCCGCUGCAAUAUCAGAUCUUUCUCUAUCUAGUUAUAAAACAGUAUUUUCUGGUAUGGUCCACAUAAUAAUUUUAAGAGCUUGGAAACAUGUCUUACUUGUUACUGUGGAAGACAGUGCAUCUAACUGUGUGUUCUGAGCCUUGCUGAUUUAUUAACCAAAACAUAACGCAUCUAGGAGUGGAACUUGGAAGUGUUUGAGUUUGAGAGAGCAGUGAUAAGACACCAGAGGUAUUAUUAGUAUAGCCAGGACAUUUGCUCAGAUGCAAACGGGUGAAAAACUAUAGCAAUGUUGAGAAGGUGAAGCUUUCUCUUCAGCUAAGCUAAGGAGCAUACCCAUCUCACGCUAGUGUCUGGGCACAUCCUCCCAGAGGUGAGACAAAUCUGAGAAGCAUCAUGUAUCUGAAUUUGAACCUUGUGAUACUCUUUAGCAGAGAAGAAUUUGUAAAUUCAGAAGAGGUAUAUAGAAUGAAGAAAAUUGACUCUGUCCUAAACCUUGUUUUCCACAGAAGUUACUGUGGAAGAAGGCCAAAGUCAUGCUUUCUGACUGAUGCCAUUAGCUUGACUCGGUCUUCUACAUACCUGUAGGUUUUUGUUUUUCAUUUUAUAGUCUAGAGAAAAUAAUUCUGUUUGGCUAAUUGAAAUGAAGUGUGUAGGCUUUUUCUGGGGUAGAAUAUUAAUAUCUUUCUCUGCCGUUCUCCCAUAGUGACCAGAUAGGACUGAGAACGGACGCUGUGUGCGAACUCUUACUCCCCUCCCCACCAGGGCCAGGCCAUAGCUCUCACAAGUCUGAUUUGUAAAUCCAGCUUUAGGAUAGUUCUGAGUGGUGUUCUCGUUAAUUAGCUUAGCCUGUGGUGAUGUCUCCUUCCUCCUGGUUGCAUUCAGAUUUCCCAGGGUACUAAGGUGUGUGUAGAAAGGACUCUAGAAGAAGUAAAUUUUAUAGCUUACCUAGAUUUAGUGGGGGUGGGGAGGGUAAAGUAGGAAACCAAUAGAACUUGGCCUUGAGUCAAUAAAUGAUAUAGCCAUGUGUGGUUUAUGUGUGUAUAUGUAUGUUUCUCAAAAAAAACUGGUAAAACCAAAUUAUCACUGAUCAUUAUCAUAUUCUGUUUAUAUAAAAGAAAUACAUUGACCAUGUACUAUAGAAAUGUUCCUUCUCUUUUGUUUUGCUUUGUACCAGCUGAGAAUAGCAAAACCCCUUCAGCCUUUUAUCCACAGAGGUCCCUGAGACAGAACCCAAGUCCUAGAGCAUCUGUUGCCAUCGCCCAUAAGCCAGACCCAGUUCAAAUCCAGUCUCAUGGAUGUUGAGAGUAGAGAGUAACUGUAGGGAUCAGUAUUGUGGGUCAUUCAGGAGUUUGUUGUACAGAUGCAAAUGGUUGCCAUUUAACCCCAGGUUCCCAAUGCCUGCUCAACUACCAGAUGGAGGGAUAUCCCAAAUUCCCAUCAGAUUGUGCCACUGGCAUCUAAUGGAGAUGAACAGGGCAGCAGAGGCAGGGACCAAGCACCGUCAGGUCAGAGCUAGAGCCCAUGUGAUAGGUGAGUCUCCAAAUGUUAAAUUCUCACCUGAGCAGUCAUACACUUAGCAACAGCGCUGCGGCCGAGGGCAGGCUGCAUGGGCGUGCUAGCAUGGCCCCAAAAGAUGAUGACACAGCCCAGGCACAGAGAAGCCACGCUGUCUGCCUGUGUGUCAGUCAUUCAGUGAUGCUCACAGGAUGACAAAAUCAGCUAGGGGCACCGUUCUCAGAAUGCGUCCGUUGUCGUGUGACCGGACUGUUCUUGGGAAAAGUUUGAGUUUGAGCAAACCGAAUGCCUUCCCUUCAUCUUAGACAGAAAGGUCUGACUCUUCCACCUUGCGUUUAAAACAAAUCUCAUUGUUAUUUGGGCUAAGUGAAAAUGAGACUGGAUUGCAGUUCACCAGAGUCUUUGCUGGCAAGCUCUUCUGAAGGUAUGGGCACCCUUGAUUGUCUCCAGCCCAUCCAUCAGUUUGCAUUAGUAAUCAUUUGGGGAGGGGGUGGGAAUUAAUGCCAAAGUUGCCCAGAUAUGAGUAUUUUUUUUCUUAAUUUGAAGUAUAAAAGUAGUAUACAAAGUUACUCCGAAGGUGUGGAUCAGUUUAUCAGGUCCAUUUAUCAGUAUGGGAGGUGAUGUUAUUAUCUCCAGAGAGGCCCCAACACCUUUGGAAAUGGACAGUGACGUGUUCGCGUUUAUGCGGUAUUGGCAGUGUUAAGGCUCCUGCUUGGUCACUUUUCUUGUCUUUGACUUACUUCUGCUUAGCAAACAGGUCAUUAUAGCCCUGAAAUGUGUCUAACAUCCAAAUGAGAAAAAUGUCAAACAAGAUCAAAGUGAGCCUGACAGGGAAGUGACCAUGCGGUUCUUAUGUAGCAGGAAAGAAAUGAAGAGGGCUCUAAUUAUUACUGCACUUGGCUUCAAGUACACCAUCCCUGGCAGAAGCAACUGUAAAAGUCCCUAAAGACCAUGAAAUAAGACUUCUUUUCUUAAAUGUAUUCUUCUCGGGAUCAGCUUCUCUUGGUGAGCUGAAAUGGUGCCAUUCUCCAAAUGCUAUAGACCAGUUAGCAACAUCCCACCAAUCACAUUUUAGUUCUACAAACUGAAGGGCCCCUCUUUGCCUUUGUGUACAUAGCACUCACUCACCCCUAGGGGGCACCAAGCAGAUGUGAGGGAGCCCUGGCCAAAGCUCUUGAAACUCCUGUAACCAAUACUCAAAGGCGGCCACUUUUCACGAAGAAGAUCGUAUUGACGAACAAAAGUCAUCGUGAAUAAUGAAAUCUGUAGCUGCCCCAAUGAAAACCUUCACCUCUUGCAGGCUUCUGUGACUUAAUUAAACCCAAAGCACUUGAAAGGAAUGCAUUGGUAGAUGGGUGCGUUGAGAGGCCACCUACUCUAAGAAACUGAAAACACCUCUGCUGAAUUAGAUGAAUUAGAUGAAUUAGGGUGAAUUAGAUCUGCGUGGACUUGGGUAUUCUCAGCAUUUCCAGGAAGUAAUGAGGGGGCUCCGCUUGCCUGGAGUCAGUCUUUUCAUCUCAUUCACUCACCGUCGUUUUAGGCUUCUGGACCUCUGGUAAAAGAAGGCCAAAUGCUGUCAUUUCUGCUUUCCGUUUAUUAAUGACUUUGAGAUCAGCUCUGUCCCACUUUCCUGAGGUGGGAGGAGGCCAGGCCCAUGUACAUCGGCCUCUUUACCACAGGCCCUCGAAUGAUUGGCUUCCUGUAUUGUGUGUCGUCUGGGAACCAAGGUACAGCAGUACUAGUUUGUGUGUUCAGUGAAAAAAAUAAAAAGAUUUCAUUUAUAUUUUCCUCCCUUUUACCUUUAGUAAAUGUUAUAAACCAUCUGUAAAACUGUCCUUAAUGUGAAGAUUUUUUUUUUUAAUGUUAGCUACAAAGCUCUAGAAUGGUUGUAUUAUGAUUCUGGAACUUUCACUCAAGCUUAAUUAACAUAAAUGUGGAAAACAGUCCAGUUUGAUUUCCCCUAUGCUCACAGUUUUCAUUACUCCUUUGCCCAAGUUUUAGUCAUUUACCCUCAUGGCCUUUUGCUAUCAUAGAAAAGGAUGUUGGUUAAUCUGGGGAUUUGUUUCUGUUUUCAGGCUUUCAGUGGGGAAUAGGAUAGGUGACAGAACCUCAUUAUUUUUUUUUUCUAAAGACAGUUCAAUGAUUGAGCAUCUGUCAGAAGUGGAAUGGUGUACCAUUAGCCAAUUAGAAUACUCCAUGUACUGUUACUGUGUUUUGCUGAUUUUUAUAUGGACAUAUAAUUAUUCGUUCUUGAUCUUUGGAAGUAAUUGUUAUUAUGAGGAUCAUUUUACUUUGGAAACACUUUCAUAAUAAAGAUAAGCAUUAAGAGUA